AAUUAUAUAAUGUUGAUCAGUAGUGCAAAACAGUCUGUUAGACCAAGUACUAAUGAAAGUUCUAAUUUAAACAAUAGAUUAUGCAAAAACUUAUAAUCUAUUACACUAAGUGCAAGAUUCUAAACAGAAUUAUAACAAUUGGAAUAAUAAAAUUAACCAUUUUUAUUCAAUUAAUAACGAUCCACUCUUAAGUAAUUAAUAUUUAAAUAGAAGUUCUGUGGAUUUAAGUAGAUAACUUAGCUCAAAAUAAUCAUCUAGAUCAAGCAUGCCGAAUAUUAGAAAUAAUAGGAAUAAUAAUUUUUCAUCAAAAAGAAAUAGUGAAGGAUUAAUGUUAAGAACAUAUCCUUGUAUAAUAUAUAUGCCUGGACUUAAAUAAGAAGAAUUUAAAGAAGAAACUUCAUCUUAAUAAACUCUUAAAAAAUAAUUUAAAGCUCCUUUACUGAAAAGUCCAAUCAAACACAUUAGUUUUCAAUUUAGAAAUAGAGAUAAAUGUAAUCCACUUUAAAAAAUAAAUUGA